AAGUGUCUUUUUUUAUUUAAUUUUAUAUAAUUGUUUUGUCGUAAUUUGAAGAUUGGUGAUGGGAAGUUCAGGUAGUGGAUGCAGCAUAGUAUGGUUUAGGAGAGAUCUGAGGGUGGAAGAUAAUCCGGCACUGGCGGCCGGAGUAAGGUCCGGCGCCGUUAUAGCGGUGUUCAUAUGGGCACCUGAAGAAGAAGGGCAUUAUUACCCAGGUAGGGUUUCGAGGUGGUGGCUUAAGCAGAGCUUAUCACACCUUGACACCUCUCUCAAAAGUCUCGGCACCUCUCUCCUCACUAAGAGAUCUGCAGAUAGCAUUUCUUGUCUUCUCCAAGUCAUCAAGUCCACCGGUGCUAAGCAACUCUUCUUCAACCAUCUCUAUGAUCCUAUAUCACUGGUUAGGGAUCAUCGGGCGAAGGAGGUUUUAUCCGCCGAAGGUGUGACCGUGCGAUCGUUCAAUGCGGACUUGCUUUACGAACCGUGGGAAGUUCUUGAUCAUGAAAAUCGACCGUUUACUACUUUUGCUGGUUUUUGGGACAGGUGUCUUAGCAUGCCUUAUGAUCCUGAAUCUCCACUUCUACCACCGAAACGAAUUAUCUCUGGUGAUGUCUCUAGAUGUGCUCCAGACACUAUAAUAUUCGAAGACGAUUCCGAAAAAGGAAGCAACGCGCUCCUCGCUCGAGCAUGGACACCUGGCUGGAGCAAUGCUGACAAAGCCCUAACAACAUUCUUAAACGGGCCCCUCAUAGAGUACUCGAAGAACCGCAGAAAGGCCGACAGUGCAACAACCUCACUACUCUCCCCACACUUGCACUUCGGCGAACUAAGCGUUCGGAAAGUCUUCCAUCUCGUUCGAAUAAGGCAAGUCCUGUGGGCAAACGAGGGCAACCAAGCAGGCGAAGAGGGGGUGAAUCUUUUCCUCAAGAGUAUCGGGCUUAGGGAAUAUUCCCGAUACAUGAGCUUCAAUCACCCUUACAGCCACGAGAGGCCCUUGUUGGGGCAUUUACGGUAUUUCCCGUGGGUUGUGGACGAGGGCUAUUUCAAGGCGUGGAGACAGGGCAGAACCGGAUACCCUUUGGUGGAUGCCGGCAUGAGGGAGCUGUGGGCCACGGGGUGGCUGCAUGAUAGGAUACGAGUCGUCGUCUCGAGUUUCUUCGUUAAGGUUUUGCAGCUGCCUUGGCGGUGGGGUAUGAAGUACUUUUGGGAUACUCUGUUGGAUGCUGAUUUAGAGAGUGACGCCCUUGGUUGGCAAUAUAUUUCCGGUACCCUUCCGGAUGGUCGCGAGUUCGAACGAAUCGAUAAUCCACAGUUCGAGGGCUACAAAUUCGACCCCCAUGGAGAGUACGUCCGGCGGUGGCUUCCAGAACUUUCCAGGCUCCCGACAGAAUGGAUACACCACCCAUGGAACACGCCGGAAUCAGUCCUCCAAGCCGCCGGAAUCGAACUCGGCUCAAACUACCCUCUCCCCAUAGUUAAAAUCGACGCCGCCACCGCCAGGCUGGAAGAAGCCCUCUCGCUGAUGUGGCAGCAAGAAGCAGCUUCAAGAACCGCCGCCGAAAACGGAAUGGAGGAGGGUCUCGGAGAUUCUUCCGAUUCUACCCCUAUAGCAUUCCCUGCCGACACAAACAUGGAAAUGGACAACGAGCCAAUCAGAAACAACCCUACAAACGGAGCCACCCGUAGGUACGAGGAUCAAAUGGUACCGAGCAUGACCUCGUUUUCCAUUAGAAUCGAAGAUGAAGAAACAUCGGUCGAUCAUCUUCGAGACAACAACAAUAGUAGAGGUGAAGUUCCGUUCAAUGUAAACGCAAACGUAAACGCAACGGGUGAGCAAAGAGAACAAAGAAGAGAGAAUGUCAUGCAGACAGAUGCAACAAGGGCCCCACCGCAGCAAUAUAAUUUCUCGAGAGGGGGUCGUAGAAAUUCGGAAGAUUCGACAGCCGAAUCGACCAAUAGCGGUAGGAGAGAGAGAGACGGUGGCGUGGUCCCCGUUUGGUCACCCUCGAGUUCUGCUUACUCAGAUCAGUUCCCCGUUGACGAUAAUAAUAAUAAUAACAACGGUACUAGUUCGUCGUACAUGCAGACUCACCAGCUGUUGAACUGGAGGAGGCUUUCUGAAAACGGGGUAAGCUCGUAAAAGAAUUAAAGUGUAAUGGAAACAAAGUGAAAUAAGAAAGUUGUCUGUAAUCGAGUAGCAUCGAUCGGUGAUCGAACGGUGUCCUUUUCUUUUUUUUUUUUUUUUUUUUUUAUAUAUGUUGUGAAUGGAUCAGGUGGUGGUUGGUUCGGUUCAUAUGUGUCUUUGAUUGUUAUGGUGAUGUACAAUAUUUUUGUGUUAGUUAUGAUGUACAGUAUUUAUUUAUAUAUUAGUAUUUAUAUAUUUA